AUGAGCUACAACGACGAAUUGAUCGAUGCUAUCACCAAAGCUGUUCAACAAGCGAACUUGAACUCUCAAGGAGGGGAACAGCUGAUGUCAAAGCAUCCAUUGAACACUCCUGGAAAACCAUAUGACAUCAGCAAGGGUUACGAUGACUCCUACUUCGAGAAGCAUGCUACUGAGUACAUUGACUUCACUUACAACAACCCAACUAUCUUCCAUGUGGUGGAGUACUUUUCAGAGAAGUUGAGAAAAAAUGGUUUCAAGUACCUUCCUGAAAAUGCUGCGUGGCCUUCUUCUCAUCUAAGAAAGUUUGAAGCAGGAAAGUAUUUCACCGUAAGAGGCGGUACUGCUUUAGUGGCAUUUGUCAUUGGGCAGGAGUGGAGCCCUAGUAAAGGUGUUGGAGUCAUUGGCUCUCACAUCGAUUCUUUGACUGUGCCUUUGAAGCCCAGCUCGCUCAAAAAUCAAGUUGAUGGAUAUGAUCUUCUUGGCGUGGCACCAUAUGCUGGCGGAUUGAGCAACCUUUGGUGGGAUAGAGACUUAGGUAUUGGUGGCAGAUUGAUAGUCAAGAACAAGGAAGGUGCGAUCCGUAGAAUUUUGGUGGACUCGACUCCACAUCCGAUCGCCAAAAUCCCCACCUUGGCGCCUCACUUUGGCGAGCCCUCCGUGGGCCCUUUCAACAAGGAGACGCAAGCCGUUCCUGUCAUAGGCUUCUCUGGCAGUGGUGAUGAUCCAGAACCAACCGCUGCCGAGAAAAAAGCGCCUCUUUUUGGUAGACACCCUCUCAAAUUGCUUCGCUACAUCGCCUCUCGUGGUAGAGUCAAGGUUGAAGACAUUUUGGAAUGGGAUCUCCAGUUGUACGAUGUUCAAAAAGGUGUUAGAGGAGGAUUAGAUAACGAAUUCAUUUUUGCUCCUCGUGUUGAUGAUAGAGUUUGUUCAUAUGCUGCAAUUUCCUCUUUGCUUGAGUCAAGUGCUCGAGGCAGCUUUCUAGGUUCUGAUUCGUUCUCUAUUGUUGGUUUAUUCGAUAAUGAGGAAAUUGGAUCGGCGACUCGUACUGGAAUUAAAGGUCAAUUGAUCGAAACCGUUAUUUCUCGAGUUCUUUCGCGGUUCGACACUAAAUCGUUUGAGGAAGAUUUGAAGAUCACCUACGCCAACUCCAUCAUCUUGUCUGCUGAUGUGAAUCACUUGGUGAACCCCAACUUUUCCAAUGUAUACUUGGAGCAUCACAAGCCAGUGCCCAACAAAGGUAUCACCAUUGCUUUAGAUCCUAAUGGCAACAUGGCCACAGAUUCAGUUGGCUUAGCCUUGAUGGAGGAGUUGGCACGCGAAAAUGACGACAAACUCCAGUACUUCCAAAUCCGUAACGACAGUCGCUCAGGAGGAACCAUUGGUCCUUCAAUCUCUUUGCAAACUGGAGCUAGAACGAUCGACUUGGGUAUUCCACAGUUGUCCAUGCACUCGAUCAGAGCUACUCUCGGAGCUCGAGACGUUGGUUUGGGCACCAAGUUUUUCAAUGGGUUCUUCACCAACUGGAAUGCCACGUACAAAAAUUUCGGUGACUUGUAA